AUCGACGUAGUGAAAAAAAAAAUUAUUUAACGAGUCAACUAUUUUAUAAUGGCGAAACAGAGUGAUAUCAACAAAAAAAACACAACACCAAUUUGGACAAAAUGGUCAAAACGGACAGGGUGGACAAAAUGGACAAUAUGGACAAGGUGGACAAAAUGGACAGGGUGGACAAAAUGGACAAGGUGGACAAAAUGGACAAGGUGGACAAAACGGACAAGGUGGGCAAAACGGACAAGGUGGACAAAAUGGACAAAAUGGUGGUCAAAAUGGAGGAAUUAAUGGUUAUGCACCGACUGGUGCCGAAGUGGGAACCGGUUAUACAUCUGAAAAUGUAAACGUCGAUUAUUAUGGUGAUAACAAUCCAAUACCAACUAAUAUUCGUAGCGCCAUUGUUAAACCCAAUCCAGUGAGAGUUAAACCGGCAACUACAAAACGACCAAGAAGUAAAGCACCAAUAAGAGGUUAUAUUAUUAAGAACGGUAUUCGUUAUCCAAUUAUUAUGCAUCAGAAAAACAAACAAGUAGAAAAUUAG